AAAUCUGAUCUGCGGUCAUUAUUUUCUCCUCCGCCCCCGAUUUCCUUCCCCUCUCCGUCACUCAAUCAUCCUGCAGCAACUCCCCUCUUCCUCUUCCUCUCCCUCUUUUUCUCCCUUCCUCCUCCGGUUAUCUCCUACAUUUUGAUUUUCGCCUUCCUCUUCAUCUAAAAAUCUUCUAUCUGUUCUUUGCGCAGCCUAGUUGCUUAUAAUCGAAGCUCUUUUUCCGCUCUCGCACCUGCCCAGCGCGCCCGCCCUCAGCAGACGUCACACCCCACGCAAGAUUGGAAAUUAGGCAGACGCUUUCCACCAUUUUACUCCUCUUCUAUAAGAUUGCGAAGCUAUUCCCACAUUGAAUUGGGACGGCGAUCUGUUUAUAAUACCAACUUCGUCUAUGUCCACUUCCUAGGGACUGUAAUUUGUGUGGAAUUCGGGUGUCAUUGGGUCUGGAUUGUCGCUCACGAUGGCCGCAACGAAUCCCCCCGCCCCUCUUCCGAAUGGAACUCAGUCGGUCGGCCUCGCGACCGACUCAGCCUCUACCACCACGAUCAACUCACCCUCUACCACGACCGUCAACUCCUCCUCUACCACUACUGUCAACACGUCUAAUAGCCCAAUUUUGACCGGGAAGCAAGAACAUUAUCUCAAGCGCGAGCUCAUUUCUCGACAAGUUCAGAGCGAAAUUGCCGAACUGAACUCCCCAACAGCCUUACAGCGUUUUGGUGCUCCCUUCAAGUCGGAAUUCGGUGAGGUUGCCCCAGUCGAUUCGGAGCUUCCCAUUCUACGAUACAUCUUCGUGCACCAUGUGCGCAACUUCCCAUUCCUGGAUAAGGCCCGCGAGAAGGAAUUUUGGCAAGAUAAGCUCCAAGUGUUUCUCGAGUCAUUCGCCAAGAAACAUGUAUCCUCGUCGGAGGAUCGCCUGGAAGAGACGAAGCGCAGGAAGCUAGCGCGUAAAUGCGAAAAGCUGGUGGAGCUCAUGAUGGUCUCUGGAAUCCCCACUGCAUCGGGUUACGAAGAACGCAUCCAAUUCUCCGAAAUGGAGGUCGUGGAUCGCGGUGCCAACGAAAAGGGCCUGUUGGUCAACAUGCCUGAAGGGAAUGCGAUUCAUGGCUGGGAUGUUAAUGUGGCUGCAGUACGGGUCACAUCGGUCAGACGGACCGUGAGGUAUCAUCAACAUGCAGAAUUCAUCAUUCGGGUGCGCCGAGAUGGACAGAAGGAUACUUUUGUGGCCCGUCGAUAUGGCGAUUUCGCUAGGAUGCACAAACGCCUGCGCACAGAGUUUCCUGGGAAGCCCCUGCCUCCGCUGCCACGCAAGAACAAGGCUUCCUUGACAUCCAGCAUAUUUGGCUCUGCAGACGAUGAAGCCUCAUCGAUUUCGUCCGUCUCCACGCAAGACACGAGCGCAGUAGACGAUAGCUAUUCAUCCCGGAAUCUAGCCCCCGGAAACCACCAUACUCGCUCAUUGUCACGGUCUUCCAUGCGGUCGCUGAGGUCGCCUAGAGCUUCCGGAGACUCCCCAAGAGAGACAGUGCUCUAUCGAGAAGAGCAAAGAGUCUCUCUUCGGGCCUUUCUCCGGACUCUGCUCCAGAACAAACGGGUGGCGGAAACCAAAGCGCUCGAGGACUUUCUGACUACCAACCCCAUUACUCUCAACGAAGAGGAGAAACUGGAUAUGCAGAAGCGCAAGGAGGUUGACGCUGUCCGAAUUGAGGAGCAGAAGCGGUUCUAUGAAAUCGCCAGAGCGCGGGCGGCUGAGUUGGACGCCUACAUGGAGAACUUCCGCCGAGAUAUCGUGGAGAGCAAUGGAUUGACGAAGCUUUUCGCGGAGAUCAAAGAGAAACCGACAGUAGAGGACUUGAGUCCUCAAUACCAGAAAUUCGCCGAAUGGCUGCGAAUAGAAGUUGCCGCCACGCUCUACCAUCUAUUCUUGGCUGAGGAUAACUCUCCUGAAUUGUUUGCACAAGCCAAGAGGAUCCAUUCUCUUGUCCCUUACAGUCUUCUGAAGAACGUAAUCCGCAUUGCGAACCCAGCGGCGGUGAUGUCAGGAGUCCUGGACCUCUUCCUAGCUCAACCUUUCGGAUCUCGAUCACUCCUCCAACGCAUAUUUUCCAUGACCUUGAAUGAUGGAAUCAGAGCGUUUCAAAAGUCAAUCGAUGCGCUGGCCGCGACGAUUGAAGAUCCUGUCCUUUGUCAAAAGUUGAAGGCAUUCACCAACGCUGAUGAAGAUUUGAAAAACGAGAUUCGCGCCGAAGCCGUCGUUGAGGAUGUUGAUAUCAUUGUGGCAAUUCUCAAGACAGAACUUCUGGCUCCUGAACUGACACCCGACCAGUUUGGCAAAGUAUUCAACGCUUACGUCGCGUGGAACCAGGCUGUCGAGAGUAUCGAUGUGGAGAUGCGGGAAGGCGCGCAUUGGUUCGCCAACUUGAAGCAAUUGCUCAAACUCUACACGCGCCAGCGGGAUAAGACUAUGAUGCUUAGUAUCGUAGAGGAGCCGGUCACCCUGCAGCUCUUCCGGGAUCUUUUUACCAUCUUCUACGAGCCACUCGUUAGGGUCUAUAAGUCGGCGAAUGUCUACAAUAGUAUCACUGACUUUGCACGCUUCGCGGAUGAUGCCAUCGCCGUGAUUGAAAAAUGCCAUCGCCAGGACGUAUCUGCAGACCCCAACCAGACAGUCCAGUCCUUUAUCGAUCUUUGUGAGCGUCACCAAAGCAGCUUCUACAAGUUCGUGCACGAAGUGCACCUACACGACAAUGGCCUUUUUGGAUCCCUGAUGGCAUGGAUAGAAGAUAUCCUCGAGUUCUUGCGCAAAGGCCCACGAGGUGGCAAACUGGACAUGAAUGCCUUACUCACAGGGGCGAAGGAUGUGGGGCAGAUCGACAAAGACAAGGCCUUGAACGAGAUCAACGCACUGAUCAAGUGGCAUGCCGAUCGGAAGCGAUGGCAUCUGAACAAGACUAGACAGAAGAUGGCAGCCGAGGGAACCGGCAAUGAGAUCAUCCCCGGUAGCACGACCUUCCGCAGCAGUGAUUUUGGUUUGGAUGAGGCUGACCUUGAGGAUCUCGCUAUUUCCGACGAGGAGUCUGACGCGUCUGAUGAGAUGGAUGAUGAGGAAGAUCUCGAUCCUAUCACGGCCGAGCGAAGACGUCGGAUCAAGAAGCAAGACCAGCUGCGGCGAACGGCGGGCGAGCCUGUUAAGCCGGAGAUCGAGGAGAAAUGCGACUUCUUCCUCUGGGCCAGCGACGCCGAACUGCGCGAGAAAACCACCGUUCUCUCCAAUUCUCGAUCCGAACCCAACCCCUCCACGACGCCAACGCCGACUAAAAGACCCCGCGUGUUGAACGGCCUCCUCACCCCGCAGACCGAGCAGCGCAUCCACCGCCACAGCCCCGCAACGGGCGGCGGCCUGCACAAGCAGCCGCAGCAGCAGCAGCAGCAUUUUCGAACGAUGUUCUCUAGAAGUGCCAAGGCGCGCAUGAUGUCCGAAGAUCUCGAUGAAUUCGAAUGGGACGACGACGUCGGCGCCGAAGUGGGCAAACUCCUGGACGUCAAACCCAUCCGCCAACCCAGCUUCGGGCCUCGCGACGCUCCGGCUGCUCCCCGCGCUCACCAGCCAUCUGUGACCUUGUCCUCGGCGAAGCGAAAGUGGUCGGAUACCGAGGAUAAUCCCGAGCCACCCGGCAGCCAUAAUAGGAGUCCCCCGGCUGCUGGGCUUGCUAGGCUUACGCCCCGUGCUCAUAUCAAUCGCGGUCCAUCAACCACUGCCGCAGUACCGCCUCCCUCGUCUAUGGACUUCUCCAUGACGCCAAGCCCAACCCGGUUUCGAGAUGCGAUGGCGGGCGGAGGCGAUACGCCGCUGGACUCGUCGCAGCUGGCUUCACAGGCUGUGCAGAUCUUGGAAAGCUAUGGUGUGGCACUACCGAAGCAGGUGCAGGAUGAACUGACGGUUCUGCUUGAUAAAUAUGAUUUGAAGAUGAAGGGGAUUAUCCGGGGACGCGAUAUCUCGCGCGUAGCGUUGAAGAAGAAAGAUGAACAGAUCGAAGAGCUGAAAGCGCAACUAGCGCAGCUGGAGGGUCGGAGUAGACCAUCGAAGCGCGUCAAAUCUGAGCACCUAUCCACAUCGACUCCGAUGUCCAAGGAAACUGACUCCGAGACCAAGCCGGUUCGCAGCGACAUCCCCGCUAUGUUUCGGCCUCCGGUGAAUCGCGCCAUGCGCGUGCUGGACCGGUCCUUCUUCAAGCGCACGGUGCCAUUGUCUGCUGCCACGAUCUUCAAGACCUCGGAUAUUGCAACCGUGCGACAAGCACUGCACAAGAAGCGUGACUUGCUGGCGCUGCCCCGGAUGGCGACCCUGCGGGAUGUCCAGCAGGACGAUGUCGUGCGGAAAUGCUUGUUGCUGCGGGAGGAAAUCAAGCAUGACGAUACGGCGACCUGGUCCCCCACGGUCUCUGAAUUGGUCGAGAAAGGCAUGGUAAGCGUUGGACCUUAUGAUUUGACGAUUGAGUAUGAUUACUGGACCUACGCCGAUAUCAUGGCGUCCAUUCUUCCCGAGGAACUGUGCGACGAGAUUCCUCAAGGAUUCACCCAAGUGGGACACGUCUCCCACCUGAAUCUCCGUGAACAAUAUCUCCCGUACAAAAACAUUAUCGCCGAGAUCCUUCUGGACAAGAACCCCACGGUGAAGACGGUGAUCCGCAAAACCGACGACGUUGGCUCGCACAGUCAAUUCCGCACGUUUCCGUUCGAGCUCCUCGGCGGAGUGAACGACCUAAACGUCAUUCAACACGAACAGAACUGCGAAUUCCGAUUCGACUACUCGCGGGUCUACUGGAACAGCCGACUGGAGACGGAGCACCGCCGGCUGGUGGACAAGUUCCGCCCCGGGGAGAUGGUCUGCGACGUGAUGGCGGGCGUGGGGCCGUUCGCCGUACCGGCGGGCAAGAAGAAGAUCUUCGUCUGGGCCAACGAUCUCAACCCGCACGGCUACGAGGUCAUGCAGGACGCGAUCAAGCGCAACAAGGUCGAGAAGUUCGUCACGCCGCACAACGAGGAUGGCCGCGACUUCAUCCGCUCCUCCGCCCGCCGCCUCCUCGAGGCACCGCUCACCGUGACCGUUGAACCCAAAGUCCGCCGCAGCCAGAAGGACAACGCCCCCCCGCCCGAGGUGUUUCACCGGCCGACUGUCUUCCACCACUACGUGAUGAACCUGCCCGGGAACGCGAUUGAGUUCUUAGAUGCGUUUGUCGGGGUGUAUGCGGGCGAGGAAGGGCGGUUCGCGCCACACACGGAGCAGAAGCUGCCGAUGGUGCAUGUGUACUGCUUCUCGGGCCAUUCCGAGGAUGAGCAUGAUGACCACGUGGAUAUCUGCCAGCGUAUCUCGGAGAGGAUCGGGUUCGAGAUCACGACGGAGGACCGUGUGGGGGGGUCGGGGCGGCAGGAGUUGGAGCUGGCUAUUCACAACGUACGGUUGGUCAGUCCGAAUAAGCAGAUGUUCUGCGCGAGUUUCCGGCUGCCGGAGGAGGUGGCUUUCAAGAAGGUUUAGUCGGGAGGAUGUUUUUAUGGGGUGGUGGUUUUACUAUUGUAGUAUAUUGCAUAGCCAAGUUACACAUAAGGCGUUUGACUUAGUUAACUCCCGGGGUAUGUCGAAAGAAGUUGUUAGUUGGUAG